AUGGGAAGAUUUAAGGAGAAUGUCCCACCAUUAAAAACAAAAUUAGAAUACGGUAUAAAGACGCCAAGCGAGACAAGUAUAGAAGAAGAGGUGCUUGCUAAAGAAGAGAAACCGGCAGAGCCUCCGGCAGCAAUACCGGCAGACUCUUUUGAAGACGAAUGUCUGAAAAGUCAUAAUAAAUAUCGGGAUAUGCAUGGUUGCCCUCCCUUAGUGUUAAACAAAGAACUAAAUACUUAUGCUACAGAGUGGGCUGAGCAUUUAGCCCGAACGGAUAAAUUUGAACAUCGUACUAACAACCGUUAUGGUGAAAACCUUUACUACAUGAGCGGCUCAUUUACACCGACGCCUGAAGAUGCAGUUAAAGCUUGGUAUGAUGAAAUUUCAAUGUAUAAUUACAAAAAACCUGGAUUUCAUUCGAGCACCGGCCACUUUACUCAAGUAGUUUGGAAGAAAACUAAACAGCUAGGUGUUGGAAGAGCUACCAAGGAUCGUACGACUGUUGUCGUCUGCAAUUAUGAACCACAUGGUAACGUUAUUGAUCAUUUUGCCGAAAAUGUCCCACAAGUGGGUGGUACAAUUUUAAAAGAAGAGCAGCCUAUAAAGAAACCAGAAGAUAUAGCGCGAGAAGCUUCACAAUUUGAGGAGCAAUGUCUAAAAGUUCACAAUAAAUACAGAGCAUUACAUGGCGUCCCCCCUUUAAAAUUGAACAAAAAGCUGACCGCUUACGCUGCGGAGUGGGCAACGACCUUGGCCAGAACAAACAGUUGCAAGAAUCGUAAUUCUGAUUAUGGCGAAAAUAUUUAUUGUAUGACCGGCGGAAAAGCAACUGCCGAACAGGUGGUCACUUCGUGGUAUGAGCAAAUCAAAAAUUACAAUUUUAAAAAGCCAGGAUUUUCUGGCAAUACCGGCCAGUUUACGCAAGUCGUUUGGAAGGAUUGUAAAGAAUUAGGAGCAGCUAAACAUGUUUCAGGCAACAGCACAUAUGUUGUGUGCUUUUAUGAUCCUUCUGGUAACUAUACAAAUCAGUUUCCAGCUAACGUAUUACCACCUAUACGCUAA